GGAAAUACUGUUGCUGUGUUACUGCUGGAAGUUGGGUCUUUCCUGCAGAGCUCACUCUCUCUCAAUAUCACUGAAAAUGAAUGACCUCCAAGAAGGAAAUAUUGUGAUUAUUGGCAGUGGUCUUAUAGGUCGCAGUUGGGCCAUGGUCUUUGCAAGCGGAGGCUUUAGGGUGAAACUUUAUGAUAUUGUGCAGGAACAAGUCUCCACUGCCCUGGAAGAUAUCCGGAAGCAGAUGGAGGAACUAAAGAAGUCAGAAAUGCUUAGGGGAUCCCUAAGUCUGGAGGAUCAAAUGGCACUCGUUAGUGGGUGCACUGACCUGAAAGAUGCUCUUCAUGGUGCCCAGUUUAUUCAGGAGUGUGUUCCUGAGAAUCUGGACCUAAAACGAAAGAUUUUUUCAGAAUUAGAUCGUUAUGUCAAUGACUCAACGAUAAUAAGUAGCUCAACGUCCUGCCUUUCACCUACAAGUAUGUUUACUGGACUGCAGCAUGUCAAGAACUGCAUUGUUGCACAUCCUGUGAAUCCACCAUAUUAUGUUCCAUUGGUUGAACUUGUGCCUCAUCCACAAACUGAAAUGGCCACCGUUGAAAGAACAUACAAUCUUAUGAAGAAAGUUGGUCAAUCACCAGUGAAAUUAAUGAAGGAGGUGGAUGGGUUUGUGUUGAAUCGGCUUCAGUAUGCAGUGAUUAGUGAAGCAUGGAGACUUGUGCAGGAUAGAGUAAUAUCCCCUAGGGACGUGGACCUUGUGAUGUCUGAAGGACUGGGGUUGAGAUAUGCCUUCCUUGGCCCUCUGGAAACUGCUCACCUUAAUGCAGAAGGGUUCAAAAGCUACUGUGAGAGGUAUGGAGAAGGCAUCAAGCGAGUACUGGCAACAUUUGGGCCUGUGCCAGAAUUUGAUGGAGAAACUGCAGAAAAAAUUGAUCAGGCUUUGUGGGAAGAUGAAGGUGAUAAAGAUGAUCAGCUCAAAGCUGGGAGGGAAUAUAGGAACACCUGUCUGAGUCACCUAGCCAAGCUGAAGAAGGAAAUGAAGAAGAAUUAAUUUGUUUCAUGAAAUCUAGAGAUGAUUCAAAGUGUCACCGGGUGAAUCUGCAUUUGUGGUCUAAUGUGAUUAUUGCCAAUGGUCGCAAGUAUUCGGAUUCAGUAGAUAGGCAUGUUGGACACCGAGUUCAAGAAAGAUAAACGCUUUUAGUUUCCAAAUGCAUAUAUAUAUAUACAGUAUUGUUCAUUAUAUUUCAAACAGGAGCAUAAUGGCUCCUGUCAUAAAAAUAACUGGUGCUAGUAUCUGAUAAAAUAUGUAGAUUUAGAGAUUGGGACUGAUAUUGAUUGAACCUACUUUACAAAAUGAUAACAACAGCUUCCCGUUGCCUCAACUGGUUUCUACUUGACUUAUAAUGUGCUGUAGAUCUGAUUAUCAUAUUAGCUCUUAAAUUAACCAUAAUGCAAGAAAAUUGCAUCACUUCAUUUCCGUUGGCAUACUAGUUAUUUUUCUCUUGUUUUCUUUAAUUCCAGUGUACUAGCAGCAUCUUAUAUUUAGUGCCUAAACAGAGCCCCCCCAGGUUGAAGAGGUCCUACAAUAUCAAAGUAACGUUGUUAUUUUUGUUUUUAAAUAAAAGUAUUCUGCUUUCUAGAAA